AAUCUCUCAUCAUGGGACCCAGAAUGCUGGGGCUCAAAGAUCUGGUAUUUGUUGAUACAACGUCUCACUACCUCUACUUGUAGUGAUUUUCUUGCUUUCUGCUGAGUGAUGGCACUAAGCCAAGAGCUUAUGGGUGCUUCUGUGGUGACCACUAAGCACACACUCCACUCAGACCCCAGGUCAGACAGAGGUGUGAGGCUUCAGAGAAAUCUCAAGUGAUAAAGCCACAACAUAGGCGGAGACACUGGUUAAAAGGCCACAUGGAAGUAGCAGCUGCUCAGAUCUGGGCAGCUUUCCUGCAGAGAUGGUCCUGCUGCUCCUGCUCCUGGUGGCCCUUCUGUCUCCUACCAGGGAGGCAGGGAAAAUCAUCGGGGGCCACGAGGCCGAGCUACACUCCCGUCCCUACAUGGCGUUUCUUCUCUUCAAGACUUCAGGGGAGUCUCACUGCUGUGGGGGUUUCCUCGUGCAUGAGGACUUCGUGCUGACAGCGGCUCACUGCCUGGGAAGCUCAAUCAACGUCACCCUGGGGGCCCACAACAUCAAAGAACGAGAGAGGUCCCAGCAGGUCAUCCCAGUGAGAAGAGCCAUUCCCCACCCACGCUAUAAUGAUGAGACUGGGGCCAACGACAUCAUGUUACUGCAGCUGAUGAGAAAGGCACACGUGACCACCGAUGUGAGCCCCAUCAGUCUGCCCAGGGACUGGGAUACGGUGAAUCCAGGGAUGCUAUGCAGUGUGGCUGGCUGGGGGCGUCUUGAUGUGCAUAUGUCCUGCACAAAUAAACUACAGGAGGUGGAGCUUGAAGUCCAAACGGCCGAGAAAUGCACCUCUCACUACAAAAAUUACAAUGACACCACCCAGAUAUGUGUAGGGGACCCGAGAAAGAGGAAGAGUUCCUUUAAGGGUGACUCCGGGGGCCCACUUGUGUGUAAUGGUGUGGCCCAGGGCAUUGUGUCCUAUGGAAGAGAUGAUGGGACACCUCCACGGGUCUUCACCAGAAUCUCAAGAUUUCUGCCUUGGAUCCAAAAAACAAUGAAACAGUACGAACUUCAGGGACCAGAUUGAGGUUUCUCCAAGGACUGAUCUGUCCAUCUUCCCUGGGAUGGAGGCACUGGGAAAGUGGUUAGAAGCUAGGCUGGCUGAAACUUAAUAAACUUCCAUCUCUUGAGCAGAAAUCAUGGAUUCGU